CCAAUCAAAGGGCAUGAUCGUUGGUGUCGAACCCUGCAACAUGGCAGCCACCAUCAACAUCCGGAAUUGGGAAAUUAUGGAAGAGAAUGCCAGGGCAAACCUACUGAGGGUCAAAUUAUUUACCUCUAUGGCCGAAAUUAUGAGGGAAAAGAACCCAACCUUAGAAAGAAUGUAUCGGGUGAGGAUGUUGGAGUUAAUGCAACGCAUGCAGGCCCCGAGUCAGAAGAGCAUGUCCGUCUGUCCGUUCUGCGGUGAGUGUUUUCUGGACAACCCAGAUUCUGUCACUGUUAGGUACAGACCAAAGUUAGCGCAGUCUCAAGUGCAUUUCAAGCCUGUAGGAAGCAACGUCCCCCUGGGUAGAUGGAAGCAAAGCUGGUUGUCAUUGUACAGAAGGAGUACAACACAAAUGGUCACCAAAUGUUCUCUUUGCGGCAAACAACAAAUUACAAAGGGCCCGGAUAGAAGUUUGUCAAAUUUCAGGCGUUCUAAGUGUAGAGUCCAGAGCUCAGUUGAAGCGACUCCCCUACUGAAGGGUAAGCGAAAGCGAAAGGAGAAGGCAAAGCUGAAGAGAAAGCAGAAGCUGAUGCGGAUGAGUGACAGUAAUCUGUCUGUCUCCAUGGAGACAGACUCUGGCCUAGACUCCUCCCAUUUGUCACUAGGCUCUCCCAUCAUUAGCAGCACUCCAAAACCCCUGGACUUAUUAUCAACAUCAACUGGUUCUGACUCUCUACUCUUGGAGAAGACAGCUCCCCCUACACUGGCUUUAUUCAAACUUAACCCAGGGAAGAGUUCAGGAAAAAGUCCACAAUCCAGGAGUCAGUUACUGUCAUCGGCCUCACUUCUGGAUGACAGUAAAAACAGAAUCCAGCAAAGACCGAAGAAAAAGAAGAAAACAAAAGAUUUGCAUCUUCAAUUGCAGAAAAUCUUCAAAAAAGAUAAUAACAGUAACAGCAGUACUGGAUCUUUAAAGGACUUCUUGUCAAGUAUUUAGUUAUGUUAGCAUAUUUGUGAUGAAAUUGCCUGGCAGUAGCUAAUGAUACAUGAAGGCAUCUUAAGCAGGCCUGGAAAUAAGCAGGAGGGCAAGGGCAAUGGCCUGCACCAAAUAUAGUCAAGUUUGGUACAGGACAAAACUGCUGUUAACCGUGUAGCUUUAUUAAUAUGUUGAUGUGAAUAGCUUCAAUGUUUGCCGUUUUGUUCUGUACCAGCAUUAAAAUUAUUCCCAGUCUUGUACAUUAAGUUGCAGUAAGUGAUUAAAAAAGAAAAAAAUAAGGGGAGAAACAGUAAUCAUGGAAAAUUGGAUUGUAGUAAUUUCUUAGUUAGUUCUGGUAACCAAGUUGCUAGCAUGCUGUUAAAAGUUUCCUGUUGUCGUUUGAAUGCCAGGUACUUGUGUACUUCUGUGUUAGUGAUGAUGUUUCUUUGAGGUGAGGUAAUCUAUUAGUUAAUGACUAUUUAAAGGCUGUGUUUACUUUACCUCAGGUAAUAUUUACGAAAUGUAAAUAAAAAAUAUCAUACGGUCAUGCUACCAAUGCAUGUAAGUAAACAAAAAAGAUGUUAAAAUGUUUGAGAAGGCUUUUGUUUGUGUUCCAUUAGGCGUCACAUACGACAGUAUCUGUCUGUUCAUCUCCUGUCCAGGCUAUAUCUUCCUGUCCAGGCUAUAUCUUCUUGUCCAGGCUAUAUCUCCAGUGUUGCAAUUCCAUAUUUGGAGGAUACAUAUACUGUAGAAGUGAAGAUGCGUCGCACCUCAC